AUGGCCAUAAAUAACCUCAUCCCGGCCACACAAAGGCGCGGCCCUCGGCCUGCAGGACGGGGCUUCUCCGGGGGCCUCCGUGCCCGGCGUGGCCGGGACCUGGAGCCUCGGGCCACCCCGCAGCGUGGGGAGCUUCGGGGAGGAGCAAGCUCGGCAGCUUCUUAUCAGCUGGCUUGUCACCAAGCAACAGACCAGGCCUGGCCCGCGCCGCCCAAGCCCCACGCAGGGCAGGGCCGGGGGCCCGGCGGGAGCCCGCUGUCACAGCUGCGCCUGUCACUCCAGGAGGGAGCCCCGAGACGGCCUGGCGGGCAGAGCGCCUCUGCGGUCACCCAGCAGGAAGGUCCCGGCGGGCGGCAGUGGCGGGGGGCAGGUCCUCAGUCACAGCACCGCUCCGGCGGCCGUCGGGUCACGGCCAGGGCAUCCUAUGUAGAUGAGACUGCUUGCAGCCCCAGCACUGGGCCCACCUUACCAGAAUUUGACCCCCCUGGGCGCAGAAGACUAACAGAACCAGAGGCAUGGGCCGAUCCUCACGCCAGGGAAGAACCGCUGCAGGCUGACCGGCCACCCUCCCCUCGCUGUGAUGAGUGGCUCCGUGGCUGCCGGCCUGGGGCGCCAGCUGGGAGGCCCCUCUGGCAGAGGGAUGCUUCGAAGCUCCACAGCCUCUCCUGGACGCCGCCUGCCACCCCCAGGGCCAGCGACUCUCCCACCCCAGGAGGCCCCACAUCAUCCAGGGGUCCCCCCACCCACAGCCCGGGCCGCUGGCUCCCUCUGCCCCGCUCCGAUGCCCCGCGCCCUCUGAGGCGGGAGCGCUCCCCCCUCACCUGCCUCAGCGUCCCCAGCGCUGGUCACCCGGUCACCAGUGCCCCCCCCACGGACCUCAGGAGCCUAUCCACGCCAGGGGGUCCCCCGGUGACUCCCAGGGUCUCAGUCAGGCUUCAGUGCCAGCUACCCCCAGGCGAGACGACCCCCAAGAAUCCGAAGCCCCCCGGAGCUGUGACGCGGAGCCCGUCCAAUGACACCCGCUUCUUUCCUCCGUUUAAGGAUUUCGUGGAUAGGUGA